GGAUUUAUUCCAAAAAUGCAUCGUUUUUAUCACAUGGAGUAUUUUCUUCUACCAAAUGAUAUUGAACCUCGAAAAUUAGAUUUGGUAUUGUUUGGUCCAGUGGCUAAAUUAUUUCUGGAUACAGAAUCUAGGCCAGGGACUCCAAAAGAUGAACGAAGCAAAUCUAAAAAGCCAUCCACGCUGAACAUUUCAGUAGUGAAACCAUGGCUUGAAAAUGACCAGAUAUGGAUUUCAUGGAACCACAGCAUUGAAAUUAAUAUUACCAAUGAGUUUCUAAUAAAGCUAAGGGAACACAGCAUAAAAUUGAGGUUAUGGGAUCUCAAAGAAAAGGUUUGUUCAAAAGCCAGGUUUUGUAAACUAAAGAGUAGCCUACCAUUAUCAGAUCAAGGAGAAUUUGAAGGUAAUGUCAAGAAUAUGGUUUUGUAUCAGAGACAAUUCUUAGAAAGUAAUGAAGCCAAACCCAGUGUCACAAAGGUUAAACCAGUAACUCCCUUUGUGCGAAAACGGACAGCAGAUGCUUUGUCAGCUGUGAGCAAGCGCAUGGAAAAUGGAUCCAAGGCUAGUGAUCAAAAAUACCCUCGGAAAUUUAGUUUUUCACAACCUGCAAAACCUGAUGAAUUGACCCGUUCACUGAGUGCAGUCAGUUUUAAUGGGAGCAUAGAAUCUUCUUUUAAAGAAAAAACCAUUCAGGACUUUAAAGUUAUAAAACAGAAACACCGUACGUCCCUGUCUGGUAAACACUCAGCAUUAACAAAAAUUGAUGGGAGCAAAUCACCUUCGGACAGAAAGGAAAGAGCGUCUACAGGUGAGUCUUUUCUUCACUCAGAGAAGCGGAGACCAUCACAAAAAAGUAAUAUUUUAAGUGAGAAGAAAGCAAAGCAAGCCGCUCAGAGAACAGCUGAUAAAGAAGCAGCUGCCCUGGCAGCCCAGGCAAGGAAGUUUGGAAUAGCUGCUUUGCAGCUGGACCUUGUCCCUCUUCUAGCAGGUGAAUACUAUACAGCCAGUCGAUGGGAAGAUAAUUCCCCCAAACUUAAUGAAGCAUACUUAGGUUUUGCUAUAGACAAACCUAUUAUGAGUGAGAAACACAAACGUGACUUGAACCCAAUGAUUAUUAAGAUUAAGUCUGCAAAAUGUUUACCAAAUACUCCUGUUCCAGUUGAAGAGUUGCAGAGAACUUGCCUUCCUGUUUACUGCAAAUACACUUUCUACAAAAUGUGUCCUCAUUAUACACAAGGCCGAAAUCAUGGAACUGAUGUCUUCUUUAAAGAUAUCAAUGUGAUUCUCGUAGGAGCAUUAGACCCUGGAGAAUUCAAUGAAUACCUAAGAGGCCCACCUUUAGAAAUUGAAGUUCACGACAGAGAUAAGAAAAUGGAAGAUCUCAAGAUGACACCAUCUUUGUUUGGAGAGGAACCAGAAGACAGCAAGCUAAGUGACAUAAGCACUGUCACUUCGAGAUACAUGGUCCAGAAUACCAUUACAGCCAAAGAAAAUAUUCACAGUCCAUAUGGAAUAGCGAAAAUCAACUUGAACGAUUUACUGCUAGGUGAAAAAACCUUGAAUUUCUGUGCACCAAUUCACAGCUGCUCAAUUCAAGAUACAUCUCUAUCCUAUGGGCAAAAUACCAGUCCAGGGGCUAAAAAAACAGAUGACUCUCAAGUUGUUCAACUUUCAAUUGGGCAUUACAUAAAUGCAGAAUCAUAUCUUAAAGUGAGAGUUGAAAUAAGUGUACCAUUGGGUCCUCCAGAGGAAGAAGAUGCUGCUGCUGCAUAUUGUCCAUAUGGCUGUAUCAUUUAUCUUUUUGAUUAUAAUAAUACAUCAUUAUUAUAUUAUUUGAUGCAACAGAUUACAGAAAUUAAUUCAGAGGCUUUCCUACUUGAUUCCUAUCCCAUAGAUACAACUCAAAAAUCUCUUCACACUUUGAAAUUGAAUCAGAAACUUUCCUUAGAAGAGAUUUCUCGGCUAAAUAUUAUUACUGGGUUUCACAUAAUCGAUGGGUCCAUUCACCUUCUUAUCCUGGAAGGUUUCAGAAAUAAAGCAAUUAAGAGGAUGUGGAAUAAAAAAAUUGAUAGGUUGCAUGAAACGGAACAUGGGAGAUUACAGAUAUUCUAUAAUUCACACUUGUCUUUUCACAAGCGGCUGUAUAUAGAUCUUGAAGCUAUCCUGCUUCAUAUCCGACUCUGCAAGCCACUUUCAAGCCUCAUGAAGCAGCCUUUGAUAUAUAUCAGGGACAUGGUUCCUCAGCCGUGCUUUGAAGCUCUUUCCAGACUUGAUUUCAUCUGCCACAGUAAGAAGUUAAGGGAAGUGGUCCAUUACAAUCUCUUGCCUUCAUCAGAAAUGAUUACAACGUUGAGUCAGGAAUUUGGAGUUCCCUUGACUAAAGCUGACAUGUAUGUAAGGGAGCCCCCAGAGGUCUUGGAAACAAACAAUAAAAUGGAAAAGCAUUCAAGCAUGAGACAGUAUGGGUAUUCUCAUUUGGAUAACUACAAUAAGAAGUAUGUACUGAGAAAAAAGGAACAAGAAAGUCAGGCACCACAUAACUAUAUCCAGACUAAUAUUGAAUAUGUGAACUUCCUCAAUGAAAUACUUGAAAGAGAAAUCCCGAGAACUAUCAGAGCUUUCCCUUUUGGUGAAAAUGCUAUCUUUAACUAUAGUUCUCAGACUUUAAAUUCAGCUGAAAUUGCAAAGAAGCUACUUCAACAAGAAAUGGCGAAGAUGCCAGGAAAAAGAUUUGCUUACAAUGAAUAUCUGUCAGGUAUGUUUGACCCAGUGGAUGAAGACAGCAUAUUAAAAGAGCGUAUUCAACAAUCAAAGAAAUUGUGGUUGUAUCCUGGAGGGUUUUCAUAUCCUGGAUUUAAGAGCACCGCAGACUGCAACAAACAUCCCCGUAGGCCUGAUGAGGCACGAGUGAUUGAACUAAGAGAGAAAUGGCAGGAGAACUUUUUCAAUGCUAACUUUAUGAAGCCAGUUCUGGAUCGGGAUAGAUGGAGAUGGGACAAACGGGAUGCUGAUUUUGAGCUUUACCGAAAGCCUGUAUUUCAAAACCCAGCUCCUGACACUCAUAGAGAAGAGCCUACGAUACAAGCGUAUUUUAAUACUGCACUGAAAGUUCACCGGUGCUGCCCAGCAACAGAGCUUAUAUCUAGUGGACCCAAAGCCAGCUGUCAAAUUGCUCGCCUUCAGGGUCUCUUGAAGGAUAAACCAGUCAAGUUAUCUCUGAAGAUGCAGUCUUUUCCAGUUCUGGGAGUUUUAAAUAAUAACAUGGGAGAGAGAAGUCCCUGUAAAGGAUUUGUUCCUGGUGGAGACAUGCACCGAAGCUUGAUAUCAAACCACAAUAUUCCGUGCUACGACAGGGCACACGAUUCAUUUAAAGCUCUGAAAGGAGCAGAUUUCAGACUAAUUUGUCAGAAUCAUUCAUAUCAUUACAAGAGGUAUUCCCCACAGAAUUCGUGCUUAAAGGAACAUGUCUCAGCAAAGGAUGAAACAGAGAAUGCAGGUAAUGUCGGAAUAAUUGUAGGUAGUAUACAUGCAAAAGAAUUGGCCAAAGGUGCUGUACCCUAGAAACGAACUGGUAAUAUUUUAUUUACAGGUAGUCCUUGACUUAUGAUGGUAAUUGGGACAGGAAUUUCUGUCAGUCAGUGAUGCACCCAUUAAAUGGCAACAUCAUGUGACCAUAGCAAUAGCAAUAGAAAUCUAGACAGUCCCUAUUGCAUUGGUGGGCUGUGCCUCAUUAAAUGUUAAACCUCAUU